AUGAACUUAAUCAAGAUAUCAACUCACGUCUAUGAAUGGUUCAUCUUACAGAGAUCAAAGAAUAUUCCCAUACCUGGUCCAAUACUUCAACAAUAUGCUCGAGAUAUCGCUCAAAAGCUGGACGAGUCUACCAAUUUUCGUGCAAGUAAUGGCUGGCUUGAUCGCUUCCGCACAAGAUACAACAUCCAUUUUCGUACAAUUUGUGGAGAAGCUCGAGCUGUUGAUCCAAGUACAAUCGAUGGCUGGAAGGUUCGUUUACACUCAAUUAUUGAACAUUAUGAUGCUUGUAAUAUUUUUAACUGUGACGAGACAUCAUUGUUUUAUAAAUUAAUGCCUGAUCGAUCGUUAGUUAUUAAUAGAAAUGAUUGUCGUGGUGGGAAAAGAUCAAAAGAUCGUUAUACGGUUAUGUUGUGUUCCAACAUGCUUGGAACUGAGAAACUAAAACCUGUUGUAAUUGGAAAGUAUGCUAAACCACGGUGCUUCAAAAAUAUUGAUAUAAAAAAAUUACCAGUUCAAUGGUUUAGCAAUCGAACUGCAACAUUUAAAGCUUAUUAUCGACGUUAUUUGGUGAAACAUAUUAUUGCUAAUGCAACUAUUGCAACGGCAGCUGAUGAUAUUAAUGUAACAGCUUUAGAUGCUGUACACUGGAUCGAUUCUGCCUGGAGUGCAGUAACCGAAGCGAGUAUUAGGAAUACAUUUAGAUCAGUUGGUUUUGAAAAACUUUCUAUGAUUGAUGGGGUUGAUGUGUUUCCAGUUAAUUUAGGUACCAAUGGAGAUAUGUCAAUGGAUAAUAAAGCCAUUAAGGAACUCCAUCGGAAACGGCCUGAAACGGCUAUUAAACGACAUACAACGGCAUUAAUUAUCAUUGAUGAUCAAAUACCAUCAUUCAACGAAUGGGAUGAUUCAGCUGAUAGAAUUCUAUCAAUUAAUGGAGUUACGAAUGAUGAUGCAGAAAAUAUGGAAGAAUUACCAGGUGAAGAUCCACCAUCACUGGCUGAGUCUUUAGAAUUAGUUCGUCGUCUUCGACUUUUAUCAACAACACAAUAG